AUGCCGCUACCGCUGAACGAACGCGUCAGCAUCGUAUCGGCGGGUUUGCUGAAGAUCGCGAAAGCUCGACUCGAAGACAGUGGGAAGUAUCUGUGCUGGGUGAACAAUACGGCUGGUGAGGAGACGAUUCAGGUGUCGUUGACGGUGACGGCCCCUCUGACGGCUCAUUUGCAGCCCCAGGUGCAGACGGUUGACGUUGGUAAGGAUGCGCAGUUCCAGUGCAUCAUUUCUGGCUUUCCAGCGCACGAGGUCCUGUGGAUGCACAACGGUAAGCCGAUCGUGCGGGACAGUCGCAUCGAGAUUUACACCGACACGCCAAGGAUCGUGAUCAAGAGCGUGCAGAAGGAGGACCAGGGCAUGUAUCAGUGCUUUGUGGCGAACGCGUGGGAGCAGAUCCAGUCGACGGCUGAGUUGCAGCUGGGUGAUGCAACACCGGAGCUGCUGUACUGGUUCUCGGAGCAAACGCUACAACCAGGCCCGACCGUGUCGCUGAAGUGCGUCGGUACCGGGAACCCUCCGCCGCAGUUCACUUGGAAGCUGGAUGGCUUUCCGAUCCCCGACAGCCCCCGGUUUGUCGUCGGCCAGUACGUCACCAUCCACGACGACGUCAUCAGUCACGUGAACAUCUCGAACGUGAAGGAAGAGGAUGGGGGCGAGUACAUGUGCGUGGCACAGAACAGCAUUGGGAAGGUUUCGCACAGUGCCAAAGUGAACAUCUACGGGCUUCCAUACAUCCGCGAGAUGCCAAAAAUCACGGGCAUCUCGGGGCACGAUCUCAUCAUCAAGUGCCCAGUUGCGGGCUACCCGAUCGACAAGAUCCACUGGGAACGGGAUGGCCAAACACUCCCCAUCAAUCGACGCCAGCGAGCGUACAACAACGGGACGCUAAUCAUCGAACAACUGCAACUUGCCGAAGACGCCGGCACGUACACCUGCAUGGCGCAAAACAAGCAGAAGCAAACGGCCCGCCGGAACGUCGAGAUUCAGGUGAUCGUACCGCCCAAGAUCAUGCCCAUCCAGGCGAUGACGAACAUGCUGCGUGAGGGCAUGCGAGCGGCCAUCUCCUGCCAGAUCCUGGAAGGUGAUUUACCAGUUAACUUCCGAUGGGAACGCAACGGCAAACCGGUGCUCGGAACGGGCAAUGAAGUGAUCCGCCGAUUGGACGAAUACAGCACGAGUCUAGUGAUCGAACACAUCACGUCCGAGUACUCGGGGAACUACACAUGCAUUGCAAGCAAUGUGGCCGGAAGCGAGAGCUUCACGGUACCACUGACGGUGAACGUCCCACCAAAAUGGAUCCUUGAACCGAAGGACUCGAGUGCCCAGGCUGGACAGGACGUAGCACUAAACUGCCAGGCUGGGGGGCAUCCGCAACCGAUCGUGACGUGGAAGAAAGCGAUCGGUAACACACCCGGCGAGUACAAGGACUUCCUGUACGAGCCGAAUGUGUCGCUGCAUCCUAAUGGCACGCUGCAGUUCCGCAAAAUCGCCAAGGACUCGCAGGGUCAUUUCCUGUGCGAAGCCAAGAACUCCAUCGGGACGGGUGUUAGUAAGGUUAUCUUCCUGAAAGUGAACGUGCCAGCGCAUUUUACAACGAAGAAUAAACAAAUCACAUCACCACGCAACAAACAAAUCCACAUCCAGUGCAACGUGCAGGGUGACAACCCGAUCGACAUUAAGUGGAAGAUGCAGAGCUCACAGCAGCACUUGGACGAAUCGCUCGACAACCGGUAUAACAUCCGCGAUCAGGUACUGGACGACGGUAUGGUAUCGGAGCUGGGCAUCUCGCACACCUACCGGCAAGAUACAGGUGUGUACGUCUGCCAGGCGUCAAACGCAUUCGGACAGGACGAGAUGUCGAUCCACCUAGUGAUCCAGGAGGUCCCGGAAGCGCCUAAAAACCUGCGCAUCAACUCGCAGCAGUCUCGCACGCUGCAGCUUUCCUGGAGCCAACCAUUCGCAGGUAACAGCCCGAUCGAGAAGUACAACGUCGAGUACAAGCUGGUGACGGAACCGUGGCAGUCGGCAGAACAUAUUACCGUCGCUGGCACGCAGACGGUGAUCACGUUGCAGAACCUCAAGCCGGCUAAGGCGUACCAUUUGCGAAUCUCAGCUGAGAACAAACUCGGUGCAUCUGAGUAUUCGGAGGUGAUUCAAGUGACGACUCUGGAGGAAGUCCCAUCAGGGCCACCACUCAACAUCAAGGGUGAACCGAAAAGCUCAACCGAAAUUUUCCUCUCCUGGGAGGCUCCCGAUCGGGAUCAGUGGAACGGAAACCUCCUGGGGUACUACGUCGGUUAUCAGAUAGCUGCGAGUGCGAACGAGCGUGAGAUAAAUCCAACGCAAGGAUUCAACUUCAAAACGGUCGAGGUACGAAGCCAUUUCGGGGGUGAAACGACGCUGCAAAACCUGAACAAGUGCACGACGUACAAUAUCGUGGUACAAGCGUACACGAGCCAGGGUAGUGGACCACCGAGUAAGGAGAUCUCACUUGGAACGCUCGAGGACGUACCGUCUAGUGCCCCGGAUAGCCCGAAGUGUGACGUGCUCAGUUCGACCUCGAUCUAUAUCACCUGGUCGCCACCACCAGCGGAUGGACAGAAUGGCAAGAUCCGUGGCUACAAAGUGUCGUACAUCGAAAUGGACGAUCUCUACGAAAAAGAACCAUACACAUCGAAAACCAACAACCAGUACCUCACACUCGAGAACCUGAAGAAAUUUACCAACUACACGUUUUGGGUGUUGGCCUUCACCAAGGUUGGAGAUGGCGUACGAACGAACCCGUUUCACUGUAUCACCCAGGAAGACGUGCCGAGUGCGCCACGUGCCAUGAAAGCGGUCCCAUCAUCCAGCACGAAGAUCAUCAUAUCCUGGCUACCACCGACGCACCGUAACGGACUCAUCACUGGGUACACCUUCUACAUGUCACUCGUGGAUGGUGGCCGCGACGAAGGCACACACAAACGCUCACUCGUCCCGUACGCUGAGAGUCACGAAACGGUGCGGUUACAGGAACACGCCACCUACCAAUUCUGGCUUACGGCCUCAACGAAGGUCGGUGAAGGCGAGAAGUCCGAAGUGAUCACAGUUCCCCCAAACAACAAGGUACCAGCGAGGAUCGUCUCCUUCAGCCAGGAGAUCGUAACCCCGUGGAAGGAGACACUGGUGUUGCCUUGCCGGAAGGUGGGAGUUCCAGCUCCGGUAACGAUCUGGCGUCAGGAUGAUCAGCCGAUGGAUACGGGCACACGCAAGCUGAUCGCGAAGAACGGUACGCUCUACAUCAAGGACUGUCAGCACGCGGAUGCAGGCAACUACACGUGCAGUGUCGAGAACACCUGGGGUCGGGAUGAGAUCGUGUACAGAAUCCGCAUCCGUGUGCCACCUGAUCCUCCGACGCUGACGAUCGUGAACACGUACACCGACAGUCUGCUGCUCGAGUGGGCUGAUAAUCGUAAUGGUGGUUCACCGGUGCUUGGGUACGUGAUCAAUUACAAGCGUGAGAACGGCGAUUGGGAAGAGUUGCAGAUCGACUCGAAGACGAACACGCACUUGCUGGUGAAUCUGUGGUGUGGUACGCGCUACCAGCUGUACAUCACAGCGUAUAACAAGAUCGGUACGGGGUUGCCUUGUGACAUUGUACAUUCGCACACGAAAGGUCUAUCGCCAGUGCAACCGAAACACUCGCAGAUGAUCACGAAUAACUCGACGAGUGUGACGUGUUGGCUUGAUUCGUGGGGUGAUGGUGGCUGUGGCAUUCUGCACUUUGCGAUCGAGAACAGGUUGUAUGGGCGAUCGCAGUGGAACAUGGUUGCGAGCCACGUGGAGGCGACUGAACGGAUCUUCACGGUGACGGAUUUGCAACCCGCGACGAAGUAUCAGCUACGUGUGACGGCGUACAACAACGCGGGUGCCACGAUGGCGAUCUACAACUAUACCACGCUCACCACGCAAGGAGUGAUGGUAUACCCAGAACUAGCGAACCCAGUGUCACCGCACAUGGGCGAAAACCCAUUCUAUGCCAACUUUAAGGUCAUCCUGCCGCUCUGUCUCUCGAUUCUGAUACUGUUCGCCCUGGUGGCCGCAGCACUGCUAAUACGCAAACGAAAACUCAACAACCAGAACCGCAUCCCGUCGACGUCGAUGUCGGAGUCACCGUCGAUCGCGAACAUCCAGAACAAGCACAACCGGGAUCAGCAGUACCUGGCCGUGCGGGCACAGCAGGCAAGCCGCAACAGCAACUCCGUAGACUCGGGCAGCUAUAAAGCCGAGGGAAAUGAGUAUAUUGAAGACAUUUGCCCGUAUGCAACCUUUCAGCUGAACAAGCAAACGUACAGCGAAAGUUCAUACAGUGGAAAUGUCUACAGUGGACCAUAUCACUCGAACAAAGAGCCCGAGUACACGAAGGUGCGCAGAAAGGGCGGAUCUCGGCUCCGAGAUCCGGCCACCUCGGAACCAAUAGAAUCAGACAAUCCCGGAUCCACAGAUUCCGAAGUUAGGAAGAUACUAACACUUCAUAUACCGAUUACAGAAUAUGAUACACUCGGUUCCGAAUCUGAUAACGAUAUUGCCUCGCGCUCCAAUCAGUCCAACUACCGUCACCAUCGUGACACGCAAGACGAAACGUCUUCGUCUUCCGAAAACUCUCCCUCGAGCAUAUCGAGAAAAUCCAAACCACCCUAUCCACCGAGAAAGUCUGCCAAAGCACAGUCGCAAAACCUACCGAAGCGGCAUGUGCGUAGCUCUAGCGGGUACUCUAGCCACAACGAAGAAACUACAUUCAGCAUAUCGAACUAUCCCAACUAUUCCGAUCACAUAACACCGCCGGCCCGUUUUUCGGACCUACUCGGCCGGGACGCAACGCUCGCCGUAUCCUCCGUUAAUCCUUCCAGUCUGGGAAGCGCAACGGAGAUCGGUAGCAACGUCGUGGGCAAGAAAUCGAGCAACCAUUCGCCUCGACCACGUGCCAAUCAGAAACUGCAACGGGAAGCGUUUCAGAUCAACGUGUAA